AAUUACCCCACUCCCUUCUCUCUCUCUCUCUCUCUCUCCACUUUCCUCUCUUGAGCAACUUAUUAUCACUUUAGUCCCUCGGUUUCCUCCGCCUGAGCUCCUCCCCCGCCGGCCGGCCUCAUCAUACGCCGCCGCUCCCACCGGGGCCUCCCUCCUUUCCUCCUUAGCUCUGCCUCCUCUCCACCGCGAGGUGCACUGCACUGUCGGCUCGCCUCCCUUCCUGCGGCUACAGUUUCCAGUUCCCUCAUUCGCUUCGCCCAAAUAGCGGCUCUCGCUGGCUCUUACUGAGGCGUGUUGACGCAGUGACAGAGAGAGAGAGAGAGAGAGAGAGAGAGAGAGAGAGAGAGAGAGGUACAGGGAGACCAUUGUCGAUAAAAUGGACGGAAUCGGGUCAAAGGGCUUUCAUUCUUUGUUCUCCUUAUCUGAGAUUGUGGAGAUGGAGAAUAUACUAAAGGAGGCAGGUGAUAAAUCAUUGGAUCAGGAGUUCUGCCAGAAAAUUGCUGACAGUUUUAGCUCUUCUGCAAAUCGUGCAGGGAAAGCUCCGUUAACCUGGGAACAGGUAAGGAAUUGGUUCCGAGAUAAACAGAAGGAGCUGAUAGCCGGUGUCACAUCCUCCCCUGCUGCUCUCCAGCUAUGUGUAGAUCUUUCCGAUGCAGCUAUCUCAGGAAUUGCCCCUGAGAGCGUUCCAUCACCCAAAGGUGACCAGGUAAACGAUAUAUCAGAACUGGCAUUUGAAGCAAGAUCAUUCAAAGAUCAUGCAUGGUAUGAUGUUGCUUCAUUCCUCACCUACAGGGUUCUUAGUACAGGCGAACUUGAAGCUCGUGUUCGAUUUGCUGGUUAUGGUAAAGCUGAUGAUGAAUGGGUAAAUGUGAAGACAGAACUUCGGGAACGGUCGAUUCCUUUGGAACCUUCAGAGUGCCAUAGAGUCCAGAAUAGUGACCUAGUUCUUUGCUUCCGGGAUGGAUUGCACCAGGCGAUCUACUAUGAUGCACACAUCAUAGAGGUUGAAAGGAAGCCACAUGAUGAUAAUUAUUGUAGUUGCAUCUUCACUGUCCGCUAUGAUCAUGAUGCUUUUGAGGAAAACGUUGACAUAGGGAGAUUGUGUUGCAGGCCGACACAGGAGGGUCAUCAGCAGCCUCCUCUAUUAGCUAAUGGGAAGCAGACCGAGUCGGGGGACUCCUUGUGUAUCACUGCCCAGAGUUUAUGGGGUUAGAUGGUGACGCUUUUGCAUUUGUCCUAAAUCUGUCGACCUUUCUGAACAGGAAAAUGGAAAACUUAAUCUUAUCUUUUGAAUUGAAAUAAGAAGCAGCUUUUUCUCCC